AUCCUUGACUCGGACCUAAUUCUACAUCCGGAAUAAUUGGCAGCAUGGAUGGUUUUGAUUUGUUCAAAAAACUUGGCGUUGGUGUUAAAUUUAACAUUCAAAGGUUUCAAAAAGAUGCCGAGCGAUUUAAGUUAACACAUCCAGCUAAACAACAAAAGCCUAAUGAAAAUAUUCAAAAUCCAACUCCAAAAAGGAAAGCAUCACAGCAAACAGAUCAAGCAAGGAAGAAAUUCAAAGAAAAAGAAUCUGAUGAAUCCAGUAAUGAAGAAGAUGAUUCAUGUUCAGAAGAUGAUUACACAUCCGACAUUUCCUUAAAUAAUGAUGAAGAGGAAGAUACUGAAUUACAAUUACUUGGUAGCAUCAAGUCACAAAAUGGAAAAAUUCCACACCAACGGGACAAGUGGAAGAAAAAAACUAAGGACAACACUUUGGAGAAAAUGGCUCAGAUACAAACAGAACAGCUCAACCAUGUCAAGAACAAGCACAGGAUCCACACACAUGGGACAGAUGUUCCCCGCCUCCUGGAAACUUUUGAUCAGCUUGUCCAUGAUUACAAUGUCCAUCCUCAACUCGUCAAUAACAUCAAGUCAGCAGGUUAUGACCUGCCAACUCCCAUACAGAUGCAGGCUAUCCCUGUGAUGCUACAUAGAAGAGAGAUAAUGGCUUGUGCUCCAACAGGGUCUGGAAAGACUGCAGCCUUUAUCAUCCCCAUUCUCCACCACCUGAAGGAGCCCAGAAACCAAGGAUUUAGGGCUCUGGUACUAGCCCCUACAAGAGAGUUGGCAAAACAGACAUACAGAGAAUUUCAGAAGCUUUCAGAAGGACGGGGCUUCAGGAUACACUAUAUUGAAAAGGCUAGCACAGCUAUCAAGAAGUUUGGUCCAAAAUCAUCUCAAAAGUUUGAUGUCCUGGUGUCCACACCCAACAGACUGGUGUACAUGCUGAAACAAGACUGCCUACGACUUAAAAGUGUUGAAUGGCUGGUCGUCGAUGAAUCUGAUAAAUUAUUUGAGGAAGGCAAGACAGGAUUCAGAGAUCAGUUAGCUGAAAUCUACAAAGCAUGUGACGGUAAAAACUUACGACGCGCCAUGUUCAGCGCUACAUUUGCUUUUGAUGUGGAGGAAUGGUGUAAACUCAACCUUGACAAUGUUAUACAGGCUUACAUAGGAGCUAGGAAUUCUGCAACUGAAACAAUAAAACAAGAGUUAAAAUUCGUAGGAACAGAAUCAGGAAAGCUGUUUGCUAUCAGGGAAAUCAUACAAAAAGGUAUAGAGCCUCCAGUGUUGGUGUUUGUCCAGUCCAAAGAUCGAGCGAAGCAAUUGUUUCGUGAACUCAUCUAUGAUGGCAUCAAUGUUGACGCUAUACAUUCAGACAGGACACAACUACAGAGAGACAAUGUGGUGAAGAGUUUCCGGGCUGGGAAGAUCUGGAUCAUGAUCUGUACAGAGCUGAUGGGCCGUGGAAUAGACUUCAAGGGAGUUAACCUCGUUAUUAACUACGACUUUCCAAACAGUGCAAUCAGCUACAUCCACAGAAUAGGUAGGACCGGGCGAGCAGGCAGACCAGGCAAGGCUGUUACCUUCUUCACGGAGGAUGAUGUCGUCAACAUCCGCAGCAUUGCCAACAUCAUGCACGAGGCUGGCUGUCCCGUCCCUGAAUACAUGUUACAAAUCAAACGCCUCAACAAAAAGAAGAGGAAGAAGUUGUCCAAGAGAGUUCCGAAGAGAGACUGUAUCUCCACAAACCUCAAAGCCAGACGCGUGCAGGCUGUAAUUAAUGAAAGGAUGAACAAAAAAACAGAGAAAAAGUCCAAGAAUAAGAAAUCUGCCACAGCUAUAUCAAACACAGAGGAUACACAAGAUGAGGAGAAUCAGUCAUUGGUAACUCGCACAGACUCUUUAACAGAUGGGAUAAGGAAAAACAGGAAAGACAGAUCGAAAGUUCACACAAAAACGAAAAAGAAGAAAAAAUCAGGAAAGCCUGUGAAGUGAGAUCAUGUGGUGUUCUACCGUGGGGACAGCUGUUGGUUCAUCGUGUCAUCUUCAUUAAAUUGUAUAUAAGUUUUCA